AUGGUAUCUAAUUUCAAUUCUAUUGAAGGAAGUUCAUUGUCGCUAGGUAUAUCUACGACUAUUGAAAAAGAAAUGCCUAAAUUUCUUUCUACAAAUAUUCCUUCUCCAAAUCCAGAAAUAAUUAGACCUUCAGUAUCAAUAAUUACAGCAGGAACUACAAGUUUUCAACCGUCAUUAGAAAACUUAAAUGUUCCUACGGAACAUAUCUAUGAAAAUAUACCUAUUUUAAUACACCAAAACUCGAAUCGUGACAGUUAUUAUAAUAUACCUAUUGUUAAUGUAGAUAAUCAACAACAACAACAACAACAACAACAACAGGAGCAACAACAACAACAACCAAAUCAAUCAAAUGGUUAUGCUCAUUAUCCUAUCACUGACAAUCGUGAAUCUGAAAUUCAACAACAAUAUGUUAUUCCAGGACAAACAAUUCCUAAUUCUCCUCCAACAACAGAUAAUAAUAAUAAUAAUAAUAAUUCUGAAAUUCUAUCAUCAACAAUGAAUAUUCAACCACAAAAACCUCAAAUAAUAUCUGCUGGUCGUCAUCGUAAUCAACCAAUAUAUUUUGCGAAUCAUUUAACAAAUCCAAUAUUUAAUGUUGAUAAACAAUUAUUAAUAAAUACAGUUGCUAAUCAAUUUGGUAUUGAUCUUAAUUCACCACAAUUACAACAAUUAAUUACAAAUCAACAUUUAUUUGCUGCACGUAAACGUACAUUUGCUAAUAUGAUCUGGCAAUUAACAACUGAUGAAGAAACUGCUCUAUGUUCACCAACUUCAACAUCAGAAACCGAUAUUUUUGAUAUAGAUACACUUGAUGAAAAUUAUUCAAACAAUCGAUCAAUAUUAAAAGCAACUAAUCGUUUUCAGUCAGCAUCUAAACGACGAAAUAUUAGUUGGGAUAGUACACUAGACUAA